AUGGGUAGCAUAUUUUUAGAUGGAAAAUUCGUUCUUGGCAUAAUUUUUGCACUGUGGAGAAUGUGUUUGGCAAAAGAAACUCCUGCUAAUUUUGUGUUUGGGGAUUCUCUGGUUGAAGUUGGAGACAACAACUACAUUCCCUCACUCUCCAAGGCUGAUUAUUCUCCCAAUGGCAUCGAUUUCGGAAAGCCUACCGGGCGAUACACAAAUGGAAGAACCGUCAUUGACAUUAUAGCUCAGAGUGCUCUGUGUUUGAAGGAGUUCACUCCUCCUUACUUAGCUCCCACAACAGCUGGACCAGAAAUUCUGAAGGGGUAA